AUGUCUCGCCUCCUCCGCCCCACCAGCUCGCUGCUGUGCCGUCUACAGCCAUCGCCGAUCCGCUCUCUGGCCACCGUCUCCGCCCCGCGGCUCCCGGCGGACCUCUCGAUCUCCUCCAAAGUGAUCCUCAUCACGGGUGGCGGUCGGGGACUCGGGUUAACACAGGGGGAAGCCCUCGCCGCCGCCGGCGCAACAGUGUACGCCCUGGACGUGCACUCCGCUGCGCCCACCGAGUUCACACGUGCCGCCUCCCUGCUGCCAGCGGGCGGGGGGCAGCUGCACUACCUUCCCCUAGACGUACGGGACAACUUGGCGCUGACAGCCGCGGUGCGGGGGGUAGCGGAUGCUGAGGGGAGGAUCGACGGGUUAAUUGCGGCUGCGGGCGUGCUCGAGGAGGUCGAUGCCCUCCGCUGCACCAAGGAGCAGUUUGAUCGUAUCAUGGGGAUUAAUGUUACCGGCGUGUUUUUGUCCGCUCAGGCGUGUGCAAGGGAGAUGGUUAGGCUCGCGGAACAAAGAGGCGAGGAGAAGGCUGGUGGGAGUAUUGUACUUGUCGCUAGCAUGAGCGGUGUCGUGGCGAAUCGCGGCGUCCCCAUGGCGGCCUACAACACGUCGAAAUCGGCGGUGCACCAGCUAUCGCGCAACCUCGCGGCAGAAUGGGGCGUUCCGCACGGUAUCCGCGUGAACACUUUGUCGCCGGGGUACAUAGCAACAAAGAUGGUCGAGAACCUGUUUGAGCGGUACCCCGAGCGCAGACAGCUGUGGAGCCAGCAGAACAUGCUGGGACGCAUCAGCUCGCCCGAUGAGUAUAAGGGUGUCGCGGUGUUUCUCAUGAGUGAGGCGAGCAGCUUCAUGACCGGCGCGGAUUUGAUGGUCGAUGGGGGGCAUAGAGCUUGGUAG